UACGGUGCGGUCUUUUGCACGUAGGCUCGCACUAGAGUACACAUUCGAACAAGCGGCAGAUUCGCAUUUAAGUUUUACAGCGCGGGAAGAUUGUAUUUAAACUGUUUGGAGUGACUUGAAAAGCCACGCACUGCACUCGUCAUCGGGGGACGAAAUCCCAAUAGUCUUGGAAGCUGCGAGUUCAGCGAGCCGACUAUAUUUACCUUGGUAUUUGUACAAUUUCACAUCGGUGCAACCUUUCACCGUCUCAUACUCGAGCAAGCCCUCUCCGCGCGCGAAGCACAGCCACAGCAGAGCUUACACAACUCCUCCACCUUCGCGCGUUAGAUACGGUUCGGAGGCGGGGAUCUAUCUAUAGAAUCGCAGAGAACGCGCUAUACAACUAUGCGAGUAUACGCUGCACACGUACAUACACUUUUGCAACUGCGGCGGAGCGAAGGACGCAGGCGCUCGCCUAUCCGCAUCUCUCUCGCUCUGCUGCAGUCAGUAGCAAGACUCGCGUCGAGCGAGUAGUCCACCUGUGCUGCUGUCAGCAGUAGCUCUCCUCGUCGCGGCUGUGUAUGCAGUGGAUGCACAGCUAAAACAAAGCCGAGGAGCGUAGAGCAGCCGACAAGUAGUGCGCGGAGGAAGCGAGCUUUCGAGGGAUGCUAGACAGCCGGUCGGUUUUCGCCAACUGCUGCGAUGCAAAUAUCGAUCCGGCUGCUGCGGCUGCUACGGAGAGUCGAGCUUGCUGUAGACAUUAAAGCUCGUUGCAUUGGGCUACUCGCUCGAAGGGGUUGACAGCGUCGCGCGGCAAGUUUGAAGAUGCGGCCGAUCCUCCGGACGGUCUUCGGCGGUGGCUGACGAGACUGAAACAUAUCAAGGCUAUCGUUAGUAUCAACGUUACAGCAGCAAUAAAUAAAGACGACAUGUCGUUAAAUACACACCUGUACCUGCACACUACCAGCACAGCGGCUCCGCGGCGAGCAGGACUGCACGGCGGUAAAUAAGUAAGCGAGCGCUAGAUCUCCAGCGCGAAAAGAAAAAUCAAUUGCCAUUAUUAUUUCGCAACUAUAGCCGUGCGCGUACACAGUGCACAGCCAUGACUCACGGAACACGAUGCAGCGACGAGGCUCUCCGCAGUCUGCUCGUUGUCGCGGACGCGAUGAAAUGUGCAUCCGCAGAUGUGUGAUAGAGCUUGCAGUAUAAUGACAUAUCGACGCCGAGGGAGACUUUACACUCUCUAGCGCAAGAUGAGGAGGAGGCGUAACACCGGCUGAUGGCAAAUAUAAGAAGAAGAGUGAUAGAUAAUACUGUAACAUGAAGAUGAAGAAGAGGUUCGCCGCGGUGAUACUUUUUUUCCUGAUGGUCUUUCUGUUCGUUCUUCUGACCAACGACGAGAUCCUCAGGAGUAUGCAGUUGCCGAUGAUGGGCCAGUCCGCCGAUAUGGACGUGUCCUGCUACGAGAAGCUUUCGACGAGGGACAGCUUUCCCGAGUUCAACACUCCCAAGGAGCGCAUAAGACUCGCCUCCGGUAAGAACAUAUUCUUCCACGAGACCUCGUGCUUCGAGUCGGGCCGAUCGGAGCUCAACUGCCGACAAGCCUGCGCGGUCGAGUCGGCCGCGCGGAUGAACCCGAGUACGUCGGUGAAUCUGCUCUUCCUGUCCCCCUCGCCGCCGUCCAAUCGAACGGCUCGACUCGUCGACCUCGUGCUUCAGAGCUAUCGGAACGUCCGGGUCAUGAGGGUCCAGGUCGACGAGUACGUCAGGGACAGCCCGAUAGAGCAGUGGUACGCCAGUGGCAUACUGGGAAGCAGCCACUGGCCGAGAAGCCACAUGUCCGACAUCAUGAGGUACCUCACUUUGUGGAAAUUCGGCGGAGUCUAUCUGGACCUCGACGUCGUCGUUACCACGUCUCUGGAAGAUCUGACGGACUUCGCGGGUGCCGAGGACUGGAUGGACGUAGCAGCGGGUGUGAUCGGCUUCGGCGCAACAGGUCUAGGCCGACGAGUAGCCAACGCCUGCCUGCGCGACCUUAUGAGAAACUUUCGCGGCAACCUCUGGGGAAACAAUGGACCCGGCGUCAUCACGAGAACGCUGCAAAAGUUCUGCGCAGUCGAGCACGCGAAAGACAUGACGUCGAGUCGAUGCAGUGGAUUCCGGGUCUUCCCGCCCUCCGCCUUCUAUCCGAUAUUCUACAAAGAGUGGCGGCGUUACUUCAGCGCGCAGGACUUCAACGAAACGAUGCGGUUGAUUCAGGAGGCCAGGGCCAUCCACGUCUGGAACAAGCUCAGCGCCACGGAAGUCGUCCGGGUAGGCAGUAAGGUCCCCUACGCCAUAGUCGCUCAAAAGCACUGUCCCCGUGUCUAUAGCAACUGUGGUUCUACGUUCUGAAGUCUUUCGAGGAUGUUCUUACUCAUAAACGUACACUCGCAAGAGCUCAACUUUUGCAAACGAUCAUGUACAAAGCGUGUAUAUAUUUUAUAUGCAUAUCUCGCACUUGAUAACGCUCCUCGCAUGUAAUGCGUCGGAGCGCGUUUUUUGAUCUGGAAAAAAAUUGGCUGUUUAAAAAAUUCGAAUGACAAUAAUUUAAACGGUAUUACAUAUCUCGUGUCAGUAUUCACCGCGUGAACUGUGAGUUCGAUUUGAAACGCAUAUCGUGCACAAAGAUUGAUUGUUGUUCUGUUAACAGAGAUGAAUUUUCGCAGCGACUGACUAUACUCGUGUGCAUAUCAGUAUUACUUAUUGAGUUUUAGUGCGUGGCACGAUUACCAAUAUUAAGCUAGGUUAGACCAACGCUUUCUUUUGAAAGGUUGUAAAUACAUAUCUCAACGUUUACCCAUUUUCGGGAAUGCUUCGUUGCGCAAUUGUUGAAUAUUUUAUACAUUUGUUUACUGUUUGGAAAUAUUAUUGGUUGGUGGUUAUCGUUGAAGCAAAAAAAAAAAAAAAAAAAAAAAAAAAGAAAUGGAGAAAGCAUUCUUAGAAAGUAUUUGUUAAAAUUAUUUAGUUAAAAAAACCGACAAUGUGAUAAACGACGGUUUACUUGAUUUGCUAAUUAAAUGAUUAUAAAAUUAUUUAAACACUGUUUCGAAUGACGUUUUUUUUUUCACUGAUUUCUUUAUGUUGCAAGAAUUCUUAACAUACUCUAACAUUAAAAAACGUAUAAAACUUAUACUUUUAAAACUUAAAACUAUAAUAAUUUGUAUGCCAUGUAACUAUAUAAUACUAGCAUUUUGAAACUUAAGUCUAUAAAAUAACACAGUGUCAACAAUCGUUUAAAAAAUAGCUUACUCGAGUGAUUAUUUACAUUCUGCGAAAUACUUACGAUUUAAGAAUAAAAAUAGAUUGCAAGAUAUUUGCAGAUAAUCUGUACAUAAAGCUAUCUAUCACUUAUUUCCUUCUAUUUCGUAAACUCCGAGUCGGACAAGGAGAAGGCUGCAAAAUUAAAUUAUUUUAUUAAAUUUUUUACUAAUUUUGUAAAUGAAUGUGUCGAACAUUAAUAUAUACUUACAUCGCCUGCUUCUAUAUCCACGAACGACUCAUCUAAAUUGGUAAACAACUUCUUCUUUCUAGUUCGCCGUGUACUGGUUGGAGGAUCUUUGCUGGCACUUUUGACUGACUUUCUGUAAAUAAUUUAUUUUUAUUAAUAUGCCAGAAUGAAAAAUAAAAUCAAUUUCAACACAAUAA